UGAAUAAGAGUAAUGUAUUUUCACAUGAAGUGUGUUUAAAUUGUUAUACUAACCUGGCCCAAGAAUGACUUUUGACACCAGACUAGGUACAUUUAUUUCAAGUAGUUUCCCGUUUAUUCUAAUGGGAAUUCGGAGUGUUAACACUUUUACUAUCCAGAUGUUACUUAUAGUUUGUUUUUGCCACUUGUUAUAUUUUAAAAAUCUAUUUAAGUAGGAACAAACACCCUUAAAAAAUCACCCUGCUUAAGCACAUGGAAUCUCCUUUAUACAGGAAACUCUGUGAGGGCUGUAACUCUGCCAGUUUUUAUCACCAGUACUGCAUAUCCUCUACCCAGCCCAGAGUAUGUGGGACAGAGUAGGUGCUCAAUAUAAAUAUUUGUUAACUGAAUGAAUGACCACAUGAUGAAUGCAUUAAAUGAAUGCAUGACUAUUUGAAUGAAUAAGUAAAUUUCAAUUCCAAACACUCUGGAGCAGUAUUUCCCAAACUUCAUCCAUUAAUGGAAGUUCCCCUUAAUGCCCUGCGUACUUCUUUGACAUCAACUCCUCUUCAACCUAGAUCUGCAGUAUUUCCUGUGGGCCAGAAUUCCCUUUGAGACAAUAGGCUCUGUCAAUUACUUCUAGUUUAUUCUUUUUAAAAAUGUUUGCCAUAUUAUUCCUGAGCCCCAGAACAUUUUGGUCACCAAAUUUAGAAUGUAAACUCAGCAGUAGUAUAAGCAAAAAUGUAUGGAGAACAUUUGAAGGCAUAGAGAACCCAUGAAGUGCAAUUGUAAGAUGGCCAGAGGGAAAAGACAAGACUUCUAGCCUUGGAACCAUUCAGACCUUGGAACCAUUCAGACCUUGGUCUGGACCUUACUCCACAUCACAUUUUAUGCUAAACAGUGAACAAAUAUUUAAGUUCUGAAAAUCCACUGUUCUUUGAACUACGUGCCAGAUACCUAAUUGCUUGUGAACGCAUACCUGAAGCAAUGGCUCUUAUUAAAUCUUGUAUAAAUCACCCAGAAAUCAGCAAAGACUUGUACUUCCAUCAAGCGCUCUUCACAUGUCUGUUUAUGUCACCUGUAGAAGAUCAGCUAUUCCGGGAGCAUUUAUUGAAAACUGAUUGCAAAAGUGGGAUUGAUAUCAUCUGUAACACUGAAAAAGAAGGCAAGACUGUGUUAGCCUUGCAACUCUGUGAAUCCUUUCUCAUUCCACAACUCCAGAAUGGAGAUAUGUACUGUAUCUGGGAGUUGAUUUUCAUAUGGAGUAAACUUCAGCUUAAGUCUAAUCCUUCAAAACAAGUUUUUGUAGAUCAAUGCUACCAGCUUUUAAGAACAGCAACUAAUGUGAGAGUAAUAUUUCCUUUCAUGAAAAUCAUUAAAGAUGAGGUUGAAGAAGAUGGCCUACAGAUCUGUGUGGAAAUAUGCGGUUGUGCUCUACAACUAGAUCUUCAUGAUGAUCCCAAAACUAAAUGUUUAAUUUAUAAAACAAUUGCACAUUUUUUGCCAAAUGAUUUGGAGAUCCUCAGGAUUUGUGCACUCUCAAUAUUUUUUCUUGAGCGCUCCUUGGAAGCUUAUCAUACUGUUGAAGAGCUUUACAAACGUCCAGAUGAGGAAUAUAAUGAAGGCACAAGUAGUGUUCAAAAUCGUGUUCGUUUUGAAUUGCUUCCAAUUUUGAAAAAGGGAUUGUUUUUUGAUCCCGAAUUCUGGAACUUUGUAAUGAUUAAGAAAAACUGUGUAGCAUUAUUGAGUGAUAAAUCAGCAGUUAGAUUUCUAAAUGAAAGUACACUGGAAAACUCUAUAGGUAAUCUAAAGAAGGCAGUGGAACAGCAAGGUUUAGAUGAAGGGCUGGACUUUCUUACAGACCAGAGCACUGGAGAGCUUGAUCCUGAUGAUAUACCUAGAGUGCAACCUAAGGGUCACAUUAAUACGAAGAAAAAUCUUAUGGCUCUUAAUGUUUCCAAAGUAGACCACAAUGUCCCAAGGCAUCGGUGUAUGUUAUGUAACAAAGAAUUUCUAGGUGGUCACAUUGUAAGACAUGCCCAGGCUCAUCAGAAAAAGGGCAGUUUUUCAUGUGUAAUAUGUGGUAGGAAAUUUAGAAACAGAGGACUUAUGCAGAAGCAUUUAAAGAAUCAUGUUAAAAAAAUACAAAGACAGCAAAUUGCUGCAGCCCAACAAGAGGAUCAGGAAAUCCCUGCUUUGGAAGAAGUAAAUUGUUCAGAUACUUUCAUUUCAUUUGAAAAUGGGAAUUCUGGUAGUAAACAUUUGGAAAUAGAGACAAUUACUGCUUCCAGUGAUGGAAACAAAGAAGUCAUUCCUGCACAUGUGGCUGAGUUCAUUGAAAUUCCCGUAAGUGUCUCGGAAGAGGUUAUUGAAAACAUGAUUGAGAAUGGAAGUCCUGAGACUUCUUUAAAUAAUGUCUCAGAGCCUUUGCCUGUAUGUGAGGAUGACUAUGAGGAGGAAGAGGAUGAGGAAGGUGAUUACGAAGAUGACGAUUAUGACCUGAAUCAAGAAACUUCAGUACUCCAUAAAAUCAAUGGAACUGUGUGCCAUCCGAAAGACAUAUAUGCUACAGAUCAAGAAGGAAACUUUAAGUGCCCUGCUCUUGGUUGUGUCAGGAUAUUUAAAAGAAUUGGCUUUCUAAAUAAACAUGCAAGGACUGUACAUCCAACGGAUUUAAAUGUGCGGCAAACAGUAAUGAAGUGGAGCAAAGGGAAAUGCAAAUUCUGUCAGAGGCAAUUUGAAGAUUCUCAACAUUUUAUCGAUCACCUUAAUCGACACAGCUAUCCAAAUGUGUACUUUUGUUUGCAUUUUAAUUGCAAUGAGUCGUUUAAGUUGCCAUUCCAGCUUGCUCAGCACACAAAAAGUCACAGGAUAUUUCAAGCUCAGUGUAGUUUUCCAGAAUGCCAUGAGCUUUUUGAAGAUCUUCCUCUCCUAUACGAACAUGAGGCUCAGCACUAUUUAAGUAAAACACCAGAAUCAUCUGCACAACCAAGUGAAACAAUUCUUUGGGAUGUUCUUACAGACUCAAAUCCUAAUCAUCAGGAAAAAGACUCAUCUAGUAAUGAGAAACAAACUAUUAGUCUGCCAGUUUCUACUAGCAAAUCAAGGAAAGAUUCCACAGAACCAAAGACAUGUACAGAAAGUAUGGAAAAGAAAACAGAUGGUUUAGUUCAGAAUGGAAAUGAGCAUUCUGAUGACACUGUUUCUGAUAUAAGCUUGACAGACCAAAAGAUGCCUGACAGAGAGCCAAAUUCUGAAAAUAAUUGUAGUAUUAGUGAUUUAGUCAAUGGACACAGUGGAAUAGAGCAGACAACUUUAGUUUCGUCAGAUCCUGCUUUGAAAAUGGAUACAAAUAGAAUCAGGACAGAAAACGGUUCCAUUUUACCCAGUGUUGUACCACAAGAACAUAAUACCCCGCCAGUAUCUCAGGCACCUUCCAAACCAAAUCUGACGAGUGAACAUACUUCAUAUGGCUUAAUUUUAACAAAGCCGUAUGUCAGACCACUGCCUCCCAGUUACCUUGAUGAACGGUACCUUAGUAUGCCAAAACGCAGAAAAUUUCUGACUGAUAGAGUAGAUGCCUGUUCUGAUCAAGAUAACGUUUGUAAAAAAUCCAUGAAAAGAUUAAGAUGUGGCAAAUGCCUGACCACCUACUGUAAUGCAGAAGCACUUGAGGCUCACCUUGCACAAAAGAAAUGUCAGACACUCUUUGGAUUUGAUUCAGAUGAUGAAAGUGCCUGAUAAAAAUGUUUCAGAAAGAUCUGUCGAUCAAGCAGUAGUGUGAAAAAAGCACUGCAAGAAAUUGCAUCAUCAGUUUGCUAUUUUCCUGAUGGCCUUAAUUUUCAAGCGGUCUUGGAUUACUAAAGAUAAAGACAAAAGCACAUUUUCUAGAAUGAACUCAGAAAGAUGUGCUGGUUUAGACUCCAAAAGGGUUAUUACAAAACUCCCAAAGUACCAGUUAUCCAGAAAACCACAUUUUUUAAAAAAGUUGAUUACUAUUAUUGCAGCAUGUUUGGUUUCACUUAUAUGAGAAACGUGUUCAGGCAACUAGUCAGAAAGAAAUACCAACUAUGGCCUUACAGAAAGGGAAAAGUUAAUCCAUUAUUAAAAAAGGGGGGAAGGGUUGGUUUACAAUAAACAACUUAAAAGUAUUCUACAAAUGAGAUUUGUUUUCUUGUCAUACAUAAUCAGAUUAUGUCCUCCCUUCUUUUCAAACAUGGUUUAAAGAACUAUUGUUAUUUGGUUUAUUAUAAUUUAGAAACUGAUACAUGAAAAUAAAACUUGAUUUACCACCAUGCUAUCCAUAGAAGAUUGUAACUUGUUUCCAAGUUGGUUGAUCAGACAGAACAGAGUUUAAUGAAUAUUAUGCCAGCAUCGAAAAUUUAAAAAACAAACAAACAAAACAACACUUCGCUAAUAAGCUCUUAAUAGAACCUUCCACUUUCCAUUUUUGUAAUACCAGUGAAUUGUUUUUAAAGGCAGCAGUGUCAGUUAAAUAGAAAAAGUACCAUCAGUAACUUUGGGGAGAGAUGGGAGGAAUCUAAGACCAUAAAGGCUAUCUAAUUGAAGGAAAACACUGAAUUGCAAAUAACUCAAUGUGAAUAAUGGUAUAAGCACACUGGGAUAUUUCUAUUUGUAUAUAGAGUAGUGUUAGGACAUUGCUUGAUGAUUCAUAGUAAGGUCCUUUUAGACAUUAAUGUGAGUUAUCUAAGUACAGUCCUAUAAAAAUAACUGGCUGUAAAAAAAAAAUGUCAGCUAAAAUCAGGUCAAGAAUUCAUUGGUUUUAUUCAGUUAGGAGAGUUAAUUCUAAAAUAAGCCAUACUACUCAUGCUUUCUUAUUUAUUAGGGAUGAAUUUGGUCCGAAUAGUAAUUUUUAUAUAUAAAAGGAAAUAUUUACACAAAAAUUUGCACGGCAGGAACACAGUUAAGAUAUAUUGAUGCUUUUAUUUUCCUUGAUGACCAGUAAUUUUCCUAAGGAAGAUUUUAACUUACUAGGCAAUGAAUUGUUAAAACACAAAAUGUUUUUUAAAAUACCCACUCAGAUGUGUUCCACUUGUACAUUCUCUAGAAGAGGAAGCUUAAAAAGACCCUUCUUUUACCUGUUAGUGUGUUAAUCUAUAGCAGGGAUAAAAUGAACAAAAAUGCAAAGGCAGAUUCUUAAAAAAUGGAGCUACUAAUGCACCAUGGUCAACCACAUAUUCCAGUUUUUCCAACUCAUAUAUUUUUGUUCAAAGCAGAUAAUCUUAUUGGAUUCUACUAUUACAAAUUUUUGAAUAUUAAGCUUCUUGAAUGAAGUCACUAAGGAAGGGGAUAGUUUUUCCAACAUAGCAUCCCGACUUUAUUAAAUUGGGAUUUCCAGGUCGUGAAAGAUCUCAAAACAAA